AUGAAAUAAAAAUAUGGAUUUAAAUAAUAAAUAAGUAAAAAUAAAUUUUUAAUUUAAGACUUCAAAUCAUAAAGAUUGUUCGAAAAGAGAAGGGGAGAAGAUAAAUUGUUUGAUUAUCUUUGGUUACCUGUAAUCUCUAUGAAAUUUUCGACAUCAGUCUUAAUGUAUUAUAAUUGA